AUGCAGGCCACUCAAUGGCGCACUAUUAAAAAUGGCAUUGACAGAAAUCUGAAGUUCAUUGCUGAUGCUAAAUUGCCCAAGGGUUCUGAAUCUCUCCCCAGAGGCCACACGCUAGUCAAAGUCGCCUAUGCAUCCGUCAAUCAUCUGGAUUACAAAGUUGCUGAAAUGCCACUAGCAAGCAUGAUCUUUACCAAGCCGGUCACACCAGGUCUUGACUACUCUGGAACAAUUGUUUCCACUACACUAAGAGAUUACGGGAUUGGGCAACGUGUCUUUGGGAGGACCGAGUUACCGGCAGGUGGGACCAUGGCAGAAUAUGUCGUGGUUGGGGAGCAGGGUUUGGCUGCGGUGCCACAUGAUGUAUCUUUGAGGGAUGCGGCAUGCAUCGGAAUUUGCGGAACUACGAAUGUUCAAUACCUCGCAUCCAACAUCAAAUCGGGGGACAAGGUCUUCAUCAACGGCGGCAGUGGUGGUGUCGGUAUUUUUGCGAUACAAGUCGCAAAAACUUUGGGUUGUUCGCACAUCACAACUACUUGUUCAGCCUCCAACGCCGAGUUCUGUCGCGCUCUUGGGGCUAACGAGACUAUCGAUUACAAGUCUGAAGGUAUUUUGGAGAUACUGAAGGACAGGGAGGAACAGUUCGAUCUGGUCUACGAUACUGUUAAGAUCUCAGAUCCUUAUUCAUCUGAUCUAUUAAUAGUCUUUAUAAUAUAUCUAGUUCCUCUUAUAUAUCUAGUUCUUUAA